AUGUCAAACACUCAAAAAUACACGGUUGGUUGGAUCUCGGCCCUUCCGACGGAGGCUACGGCUGCGCGACAAUUCCUUGACGAGCACCAUGACGAAGGGCCUGACAGCGUUUCACCAAAUGAUAACAAUAUAUACACCCUAGGCCGGAUCGGUCGACACAAUGUGGUGAUGGCGGUUCUGCCAGAUGGGGAGUAUGGCACAACAACUGCGGCAACUGCGGCCAGGGAUAUGAUGCACAGCUUCCCAAAUGUCCGCAUCCGGCUCAUGGUUGGUCUUGGAGGUGGUGCACCAAGCUUGGAGCACGACAUACGCCUGGGUGAUGUCGUGGUGAGCAGCCCGAAGGACAAUGCAAGUGGUGUACUCCAGUACGACUAUGGCAAAAGCAUCCAAGGCCAAGGCUUGAUCUGCACGGGAAUCCUAGCCCAACCACCAACACUCCUUCGAUCAGCAGUGGCCCGUCUAAAGUCUCAGCACGAAGACGAGGGCCACGAGCUUGAGUUGCAGGUGGCUCGCGCUCUUGAAAAGAAACCGCGCCUCAAAUCCAAGUAUUCGCGCCCACCAAAGGCGAGCGACAGGCUAUACAAAACCGACUUUGUGCAUUCAGACUCGUCAAAGAAAUGCGACGAGGUCUGUGACAAUGAUCCGACGGAACUUAUAGACCGAGAAGAACGCGGAGAGGAAGAGGGUGACUUCGUCAUCCACUACGGAUUAAUCGCCAGCGGAAACCAGUUAAUCAGAGACGCGUACUUGCGAGAUGAGUUGGCAUCGAGCCGUGGUAUCCUCUGUUUUGAAAUGGAGGCGGCGGGUCUAAUGAACCACUUUCCAUGCUUGGUGAUCCGCGGAAUAUGCGAUUAUUCUGACACCCAUAAGAAUAAAGAGUGGCAAGGCUUCGCAGCAAUGAUGGCAGCUGCAUACGCGAAAAGGAUUCUCCUUCUGAUCCCGCCUAACAAGGUGGAGGUUGAGAGAUCACUAAGCAUCGCUAUCAACUCAAUCUAUAACUGGCUGCAGCGCGAGGAGGUAGGCCCGUGGCUGAUGAUUGUCGACAAUGCCGACAACGUGGAUGAGUUUUUCCGGAAGAGCGAGGGCCAAGGUGCCACCCGGGGCCCUAUCUCGCGGAGCUUGGAUGCCGCGGAGAGGCUCACAGGGUCCAAUCCGACAAUUAUAAGAAUUCCACCAAUGGAACAGUCACAGGCAUUACAGCUUGUUGAAAGAAAACUAGGAAGCGAUAUUGAUACGUCAGCAGCUAUGGACCUCGUUGAGGCCCUGGAGUAUAUCCCGUUAGCAGUGAAUCAAGCAGCUGCCUUUAUCAAUUAUCGGGCUCCUCGAAUGACUAUCCGAUCAUACUUGGAAGACUUUCGAGCAAGUGACAAAAAGAAAUCCAUGCUACUCGAGAGCGACCGGGGCGACCUUCGACGGGAUCAAGGGGUGUCAAACUCAGUAAUCAAGACAUGGCAGAUAACCUUUGACCAAAUCAAGGACGAGAGGCCAGAUGCCGCUUCGCUUCUUUCACUUAUGAGCUGCUUCUACCCCCAAAAUAUUCCCGAGUAUAUGCUGCACGGCUAUUCCGAGUAUCCCCCAGACAGCAAGGAGCACGGUGGGGAAAGUCCAGAUGACGAAGGAGAAGCCGACCAAGAGGACUUUGAAUCCGACCUAGCUGUGCUUCUAGGAUACUCUCUGAUCAGUCGAACCGCUUCUCUAGGCUUCUUGGAGAUCCAUUCCCUCGUCCAAUUAUGCACAGAGGAGUCGCACUUUCCCGCCAGGGCCGAUGGCAAGAGGCCGAGAAGCUACUGGGACAGGUGUUAG